AUGGUUCAAUCAUCUGUCUUGGGUUUCCCACGUAUUGGUGGUCAAAGAGAGUUGAAGAAAAUCACCGAGGCUUACUGGGGUGGCAAAGCCACUGUUGACGAAUUGUUGGCCACUGGUAAGCAAUUGAGAGAACACAACUGGAAAUUGCAACAAAAAGCUGGUGUUGAUGUUAUCCCAUCCAAUGACUUUUCAUACUAUGAUCAAGUCUUGGACUUGUCUUUGUUGUUCAAUGCUAUCCCAGAAAGAUACACCAAGUUUGACUUGGCUCCAAUUGAUGUUUUGUUUGCCAUGGGUAGAGGUUUGCAAAGAAAAGCUACCGACUCCACCCCAGCUGUUGAUGUUACUGCUUUGGAGAUGGUCAAAUGGUUUGACUCUAACUACCACUAUGUCAGACCAACUUUUUCACACUCUACUGAUUUCAAAUUGAACACCGCCGCCGGUGUUAAGCCAGUUGACGAGUUCAACGAAGCCAAGGCUUUGGGCAUCCAAACCAGACCAGUGAUUUUGGGUCCUGUUUCCUACUUGUACUUGGGUAAAGCCGACAAGGACUCCCUCGACUUGGACCCAAUCUCAUUGUUGCCAAAACUCUUGCCAGUUUACAAGGAAUUGUUGGCCCAAUUGAAAGCCGCCGGUGCUGAAGAAGUUCAAAUUGACGAACCAGUUCUUGUUUUGGACUUGCCAGAAUCAGUCCAAUCCAAAUUCAAGGAGGCUUACGAAGCCUUGGCUACUGCCGAAGCUCCAAAGUUGAUCUUGACCACUUACUUUGGUGACGUUAGACCAAACUUGAAGGCCAUUGAAGACUUGCCAGUUGCUGGUUUCCACUUUGACUUUGUCAGAGUCCCAGAACAAUUGGACCAAGUUUCCUCAAUCGUCAAGGGUGACCAAACCUUGUCUGUUGGUGUUGUUGAUGGUAGAAACAUUUGGAAGACUGACUUUUCCAAGGCUGCAGAAACUGUGAAUAAGGCCAUUGAAAAAGUCGGUAAGGACAAGGUUGUUGUUGCCACUUCUUCUUCUUUGUUGCACACCCCAGUUGAUUUGGAAUCGGAAGCUAAAUUGCCUGCUGAAAUCAAAGACUGGUUUUCUUUUGCUACUCAAAAAUUAGACGAAGUUGUUACCAUUGCCAAGCACAUUUCAGGUGAAGAUGUUUCAUCCAAGUUUGAUGCCAACGCUGCUUCAAUCAAGGCUAGAAAAGAAUCUUCAAUUACCACCAACCCAAAGGUUCAAGAGAAAUUGACCACCAUCAAUGAGAAAUUGGCUACCAGAAAAUCCGCUUUCCCAGAAAGAUUGGAAGCUCAAAAGGCCAAGUACAACUUGCCAUUGUUCCCAACCACCACCAUUGGUUCUUUCCCACAAACCAAGGACAUUAGAAUUAACAGAAAUAAGUUUGCUAAAGGCCAAAUCACCGCUGAGGAAUACGAGCAAUUCAUCAACAAGGAGAUUGAGACUGUUGUUAGAUUCCAAGAAGAGAUUGGUUUGGAUGUAUUGGUUCACGGUGAACCAGAAAGAAAUGAUAUGGUGCAAUACUUUGGUGAACAAUUGGAUGGUUUUGCAUUCACCACCAACGGUUGGGUCCAAUCAUAUGGUUCAAGAUACGUUAGACCACCAAUCAUUGUUGGUGAUGUUUCGAGACCAAAAGCCAUGACCGUUAAGGAAUCAGUUUACGCACAAUCUUUGACCAAGUCACCAAUGAAGGGUAUGUUGACUGGUCCAGUCACUAUCUUGAGAUGGUCAUUCCCAAGAGAUGAUGUCUCUGGUAAAGUGCAAGCCUUGCAAUUGGGUUUGGCUUUGAGAGAUGAAGUCAAUGACUUGGAGAAGGCAGGUAUCACUGUUAUCCAAGUUGACGAACCAGCUAUCAGAGAAGGUUUGCCAUUGAGAGCCGGUAAGGAGAGAUCUGACUACUUGAACUGGGCUGCUCAAUCAUUUAGAGUUGCUACUUCAGGUGUCGAAAACUCUACUCAAAUCCACUCCCACUUCUGUUACUCAGACUUGGACCCUAACCACAUCAAGGCUUUGGAUGCUGAUGUUGUUUCCAUCGAAUUCUCCAAGAAGGAUGAUCCAAACUACAUUCAAGAAUUCUCAGAGUACCCUAACCACAUUGGUUUAGGUUUGUUUGACAUUCACUCACCAAGAAUCCCAUCAAAGGAAGAAUUUGUCUCCAGAAUCGAGGAAAUCUUGAAGGUUUACCCAGCCAACAAGUUCUGGGUUAACCCAGAUUGUGGUUUGAAGACUAGAGGAUGGCCAGAAGUUAAGGAGUCAUUGACCAAUAUGGUCAAUGCUGCCAAGGACUUCCGUGCCAAGUACUAA